AUGUUGCACGAACCGGAAGACUCGUUCGACUACCUAUUUAAAAUCGUGCUCAUCGGGGACAUGAACGUCGGCAAGACCUGUGUCGUUCAGCGCUUCAAGAACGGCACCUUUCUUGAGCGGCAAGGCAACACGAUCGGUGUGGAUUUCACUAUGAAGACGUUGAUCAUUGAUAGCAAGCGAGUUAAGCUGCAGAUCUGGGACACCGGUGGCCAAGAGCGGUUCCGAACCAUUACACAAAGCUACUACCGCAGCGCUAACGGUAUCAUCGUCUGCUACGACAUCACCUGCAGGGAUUCGUUCAUCAACGUUCGUCGGUGGUUGGAUGACGUGGCUAAAUUUGCGGCCCCCAACGUUGUCAAGUUGCUUGUUGCCACCAAGACGGACCUCGAAGCUGAGCGAGUUGUUUCGGCCGCGGAGGGCGAAGAGUUGGCCAAGAGUGAACAGAUGGGCUUCUACGAAACGUCUGCCAAAGAGAACCUCAACGUGGACGUGGCGUUCAGCAACCUGGCCACCGAACUGAAGAGCCGCUACUCGGCCGGUGCCACGCUCUACGAACUGCCGGAUGCGAACAGAGUACAGCUUGGAGCUCGGUCGACUCCGGUUCGAAGCCGGUUCUUCGAUUGCUGUAAAUUUUAG